UCACGUAUUUCCCAUGGUUCUUAGCGAUCUCCAAUUGAUGUUCCGAAAAAAAUUGUAUUUUGUUUACUCCGUUUGAAAAGUAGUCAUUUGAAAUCGUCAGCAUCUCUUAAAAAAAACCACGAUCGUCUGGGUCGAUUGUGUAGCAGUCCGUCGACGGCGAGGUAAACGGUGGACGUCAUGGACCAGGACUACGAAAGUAGGCUGCUCAGACAGAUCAACAUCCAGGAAAAUGCAAGCCCUGUAAAGGCCAUCGCUGGAGUACGAGCGCUGACGCCAACCAAUUCACCCCUGUCUUCCCCUAGUAAGCACGGAGACCGCUUCAUUCCCUCCCGGGCAGGGGCCAACUGGAGUGUGAACUUCCAUCGCAUCAACGAAAUCGAGAAGUCGCACAAUCAGAACCGAAAGACCAAAGACGGCACAACAGAUAAUAAUAACAAAGCCGAUGGGCUGGCAUACUCUGCGCUGCUAAAGAACGAACUGCUGGGAGCCGGUAUAGACAAGGUCCAGGACCCCCAGUCAGAGGACAGGCGCCUGCAGACCUCCACCCCCGUCAAGAGAAGCCUUUUUAGUUAUUCCGUCAGUGCCAAGCGGGCUCUUCCAGAGGAGGAUGGCAACGCAGUCUCGCCGUACUCUUUGUCUCCCGUCAGCAGCAACAGCCAGAAACUUCUUCGGUCACCGAGGAAACCAACCCGAAAGAUCUCUAAGAUCCCCUUCAAAGUCCUGGACGCCCCGGAGCUGCAGGACGACUUCUACCUGAACCUGGUUGACUGGUCGUCCCUUAACGUGCUCAGCGUUGGACUGGGCACCUGUGUCUACCUGUGGAGCGCCUGCACCAGCCAGGUGACUCGUCUGUGCGACCUGUCUGUGGAGGGAGACUCUGUAACGUCCGUAGGCUGGUCAGAAAGGGGUAACCUCGUGGCGGUGGGCACGCACAAGGGCUACGUCCAGAUCUGGGACGCGGCUGCAGGGAAGAAGCUCUCGGUGCUGGAGGGACACACGGCCAGAGUCGGUGCCUUGGCGUGGAACGCCGACCAGCUCUCGUCGGGCAGCCGGGACCGGGUCAUCCUGCAGCGGGACAUCCGGGCCCCGCCACUCCAGUCCGAGCGCCGGCUGCAGGGCCACCGGCAGGAGGUGUGCGGCCUCAAGUGGAGCACGGACCACCAGCUGCUCGCGUCCGGGGGCAACGACAACAAGCUGCUGGUGUGGAACCACUCCAGCGUGCUGCCCGUGCAGCAGUACACGGAGCACCUGGCGGCGGUGAAGGCCAUCGCCUGGUCCCCGCACCAGCACGGCCUGCUGGCCUCCGGCGGGGGCACGGCCGACCGCUGCAUCCGCUUCUGGAACACGCUGACGGGCCAGCCGCUGCAGUGCACCGACACGGGCUCCCAGGUGUGCAACCUGGCCUGGUCCAAGCACACCAACGAGCUGGUGAGCACACACGGCUACUCCCAGAACCAGAUCCUGGUUUGGAAGUACCCCUCCCUCACCCAAGUAGCCAAACUCACAGGACACUCGUACAGAGUACUCUACUUGGCCAUGUCCCCUGACGGGGAAGCCAUCGUGACCGGCGCCGGAGACGAGACGCUGAGGUUCUGGAAUGUCUUCAGCAAGAUGAGGUCAACGAAGGAAUCUGUGUCGGUACUGAACCUGUUCACCAGGAUCCGGUAAUGAACAUAUAUGGAGCGCUCCCCCGGAGAGGAAGGGAGGGCAAGAGGUGGAUCAUGUGAAUGCUUUCAGUCAGGGGUCAAAGUUGAGUAUCUAAAUGCUCGUGAAGAUUGGCCGGCCAAGCUCUAGAUAAAGCAAAGUGUAUACAUGGAGCAGUGUUUCUUUGAGAGGGCCACGGGGCACAUUUAGCUCCUCCCUCACCCAUUUAAGGAUGACAUCACUGCCUCCCGCAUCGCCCCGCCCCCCAACCGAUUCGUGAUCCUGCUUUGUUUACAAACCAACUUUGUGCAUACUUGCCAAAUAUUAAGUUUGUCUUUAUUAUACAUGUUUAUUUAUUUGCGUUCCUGUUUUUGUUUUACGUAUAGUUUUACUAAUGUUCUUUUGCCAGGCUGUUGACAGCGUGUGUAAUUACGACAGUUUUUUGAAAUGGUCUGUAUAGUGUUUUGCUUGAAUCUGCUUCAACAUGAUGGGGGGAAAAAGUCAACUUUUUCAAUUUUAGUACAUUCUACUAAAAUACAAUAAUGUGUCCCAUUCUAUAAUCUUUUUUAGAUAUUUUUUGUUAAAAACAAGCUAACAAAAAUAUAUAUAUUUUGAUAUGCAUGAUGUAAAGCAAAUGGGACUGGAUUUUUUUUUUAUUGGCUGAAAUCCAUGUAAACAAAUUGGCUCAUUCAUCCUAUAUUGCAUAGCCACUGAAUGGGUUACUAGAGAUAAUCUUAAAUCAUAAAUACUGUAGGCAAACAUAUGCUGUAUAUUAUUAUCAUUCAGCUUGUUCAUGGCAUGCAGCUGAGUUGUAAUGGCAGGAAAUAAAUAUUUGGUUCUAGGUAACGUUUUGGCAUGGGACACACACUUUAAAUACACUUUUUUGUGUUUUUUAAACAACAAAACAGUAAUUUUAAGCCUUGGUGUUUCUUCCUGUUAAUAAUGAGGAGAAGUGAAAGGUUGAAAUCAGAAGACCAGUCGUUCUAUUUCUUUAGAAAAAUAAAAAAAAUGCCAACGCAUUAAGUAAGAAGCAUGCGUUGUUGGACUAUUCUUUUUUCAUUUUUGAAUGUCGACUUUGGUGAGCUGUUAUUUUAAAUGAACACUAUUUGUUUGCGCGCAUCGUUGUUGAUAGUAAGUUGUAAAGCAGUGGCAUGUUUGGUUUUCCUUUGUCUUUAAUCUGCCGUAAACCCACAGAUGGCCGUUUCAGUCCUAAACCUUGUGCACAUUCUUUCGUUUCCCGGACAACAGAACAUUGUUGCGAUCUUGGAAUGCCCAAGGAAUGUUAAAGUAAAAACAAAAUAUUUCUGUACUGAGUUUAAUAAAUAAUCAUAUUAUAUUGUA